AGUCAGGACGGGGUUUGUUGGGGGUUGAAGAAUGUUUUUAUGGGGUUUGGGCUUCGGUUGAUGAAAAUAAAUAAACAGAUUGUAGCUGUUGCCACUGGUCUGAGUGCUUGUUAAGCUAACAGCGGUUAACAUAGCGUAAGCGCGAAGUGUGUGCACUGUGUAGUGUGUACAGCGUGGUCGCGAUGAGCGGCGCGAAGAUUGUGGUCUACGGCCGCGGGCGCUGGCGCGAGGUGGACCUGGCGUCGGGGCGCGUGGCGGGCUGGGGCGCCGCGAGCUUCGUGUGCAUGCGGCGCGGCCGCCUGGAGUGCGUGCCGCGCGCGGUCGUGCAGCGAGCGCUGAGCGCCGCCGGCCGCCAGCUCGGCGCCUCCAAAGAUGGACCCAGGCUGUCGCAAAUAAGGGACCUGGCGAUCACGAGGCAGUCUACGGGCAGGACGCCGCGGCAGUGGGAGGGAUGCACCAAGGCUCAUCAGAGUCAUCAUGCACAUGAGUGCUGUCAACAGCAUCAUUUGCAGUCCAACACAGAUACCAACUUCAACAGUAUCCUCAAGCCGCCCACCAUCACGGUGGGCGUGCAGUGCAGCGGGCAGGCCGCCGCCGCCGUGCAAGCCACGCUCAUGCAUGCAGACAGAGUCAACCACAGUCUAAAAUACCAGUUGCAAGCAGAUCCACCACACAGGAACAGCGAUCAGGGGUGUGGGGAGUUGAGGAGUAAAGAUCAUGGCAGCAAGGGGUCCGGGAGAAGAACACUUAUAAGCAGCAAAAAGAAAACACAGGAGCCAACAAGCAGUGACGCAGGCGCGGGAGCUGACACGCAGAGAAAAGAUAACUUGCAAACAAAAAGAGCUCUCACAAGUGAAGCUGUUGAGACCAAAGUUGUGCAAGUGAGGAGAAAUGUAAGUCAGGAAGUUUUCAGCAGCAACAGCGACUUUGAAACACGGAGAAGUAAGAAUUUACACAGAAGCAAAGCUCUUGUUAGACAAGCAAUAGAGAAUAAAGUCGUGCAAGUGAGGAGAAACCAGAGUUCAGAAUCAUCAAGCAGCGACAGUGAGUUUGAAUCACGGAGAAAAAAGAAUUUACAGAGAAACAAAGGCGGCGGUAGUAAAGGACCGAGAAGUAAGGGUCGUGGGAGCCGAGCCAAGAGCAAAUCCCUUUCACAAAGACAAUAUGAGGAAACACGGGACUCUCCACCCUUGGAGAUGCUGAUCUCGGAGGAGAUGGUCAUGCUCGUGCGCAGCUUCGUAGAGAAGGACGAGAGCAACGUGUUCGGCGUGCAGCUGGAGCUGUACGACACGGACGACGAGUACAAGAGGCAGUUCUUCUACCGGCUCAACCCUGUCGUCGACGUGGAGAGAUGCCCUCAAAUAUCGCGCAUGCUACGGGACAGAGCCAGCAUGGCUGACUCCGUCUCCCUGCAGGACUUCAUCGCGACGCUCGGCCUGCGCAGUGUGACGAACACCAGCGCCGGCCAGACGAGGUACCGCAUGCGCGCGCGGCGCAGCAGUGACGUCACCGAGCUGCGCCCGCGCGGCCACAGCGACAGUGAGCUAGACAAGGAGAACGAUACGAAAGCCGCGCCCCGGGUGAAGAGGGACAACACACAGCUGGACAGAGUCCUUGAAGAGAACACGCGCAACAAACACCACAACCGCCAGCUUAAACCCGGCUCUAACUCCAGAACUAAAAUGCGGGAUAGUCCAAGGAAGCAGCUGAAGGAAGUGGAUGUGAUCAGUAAUAAAGGAAGGAAGGGCUUGAAGGAUGUAGGAGAUGUGGGCAGUAAAAAGGAGAUGAAGGAAUUGAAAGAAGUAAGGGAUUUGAGCAGUAAAAAGGAGAGGAAGGAGCUGAAGGAAGUAGGAGGAAGGGACAGGGAGGAAGAGGAGGGGGGCAAGAAGAAACCGGCGAAGGGAAGGGGAGGGGGCAUACGCGAGUACAGCGCUGCGGAGGACGAGCACGUGGUGCGCUGGGUGCGCGGCGCGGGGCGCGCCAGCAUGGUCAACGGCAACCGGCUGUGGCGGCAGCUGCAGCCCGACCACCACGCCAGCACCGGCUGCUUCCGUUCGUGGCAGUCGCUGCGCAAUCGAUACCUGCGCUACCUGCUGCCCGCGCUGGGCGCCAUGCCGCUGCCGCCGCAGGAGGCCGCCCGGCUGAGGGCCGCCGCCGCCACCGGCGAGAUGAAAACACGCAAGCUGCCCGCACGCCGCGCCUCCGUGUUCCAUCAACCGCCCGUGCGAAGCGCUUGGGGCCGCCUGCCGCGACCGAAGCCCCAGGAGACCCUCAUCGUGUCAGACGCAGAAGAGGAAGCAUCCCAAACACGCUCACUUCGCUCCGCCAACGCUACCCACACACUCGACCAAUCACCAAAGAGGAACAAGGACACACUCAAACGCGCACUCGACCAAUCACCAAAGAGGAACAAGGACGCACUCGCACGUUCAAUCGACCAAUCAGCGGCGAGGACCAAGAACAUAUUCACACGCACACCGACGUACUCCGAGCUCACCAAGCGCUUCGCGGUCUGGCACCGCUCCACGCCCAACUCCGACAGCGUCCGGCCGACCGACAGCACCGACACCUCCAGCGCGCUGUCCAGCUCCACCACCAGCUCCGACCGCCGCGUCCGCCCACGCGGCUCCACUUCCGACUCGGGCGCCCGGCCGCCUCCCAAACGGCGGAGAACUCGACAGCCAGAUACAAACCAAACCGUCGACACCGAUUCCAACUCCCCGGAUGCCGAUAAACCAGACCGACGCCGGGGACAGACCGCCCGAAACCUCACAACGAAGCGAGCUCGGUCCAAAUCUCUAGAUAGGGACUCAGGUAGUGAACCGAGCGGGCGGCGCACGAGCGCUCGCCUCACUAACGGAAAUAGCAAGCAACUUGCCGCAACAAGCAACAAGCAAUCCAACAAGCGCAGGCGGAGCAGAACUCCGGAUUCGGAUACAGACAGCCGCCGGCCUAACAAGCGGCUCAGAAGCGACAGGAGCGAAAAUACCGACAACACGAAGAAACAGAGCGGAGUCAACAGUGAUUCUCUCCGGCUUAACGGCAAACUCGCCGAACGACGGCAGCGUCUGAACGCCGACCAAUCUUUGAUUAAGGAUUACCGACCGACGGGAAAGGCUGACCGACGGAGCGACAAAAAUGUGAGAAAUGACCAGAAUCCCGACAAAAGUGACAGACAGGCGGGAAGCUCCCAACGUAUCGACAAAAGUGACAGACACGCCGACAAAAAGGACAGACUAGGCGACAAAAGUGACAGACACGCCGACAAAAGGGACAGACUAGGCGACAAAAGUGACAGACACGCCGACAAAAGGGACAGACUAGGCGACAAAAGUGACAGACACGCCGACAAAAGGGACAGACUAGGCGACAAAAGUGGUCAACGACGCGAUACAAGUGCUCUGAAUAAUAAGGGUGAGUUGCGAAGAGACGAGCGAGGCAGGUUCAAGCCGCGCACGCGCCGCCUCUACAACCCCAACGCUAUGUGACGAUAUCGGUAUGAACAAAAAGAAACGCUUUUCACUAGUUGAUGAUCCCGCGGGAACUCCUUGAUUUUCCGGGAAAAAGUCUUCAGACCAUUUACCAUGUCGAUGUAAAAAAUCACGUGGAUCCGUUGCUCCGUUGCGACGUAUUGGAGAACAAACAAAUACACUUUUGCAUUUAUAACAUGGGUGAAAUAGUGAUAAAUUAUGUAUUUUCUUUACGAAGUGACAUUCUCAUACAUUUACUAUGCGUUUCGAAUGUGAGUGACGACAGUACAUCUUGUGUGUAUAAAAUUUUUAUUCAACAAUAUUUACAGCAUGCUCUUUGUAUUUUCCUUUUUAUUUUUAAAGGAAACUUACGAAAAUAUAAAAUUAUGUAAAAAUAAAAAUUUGAAAUUAUGGCGACGGUGUUCACAUUUGUGACGCAUAGUACAGUCGUGUGUGUUUAUAUGUAUCACGGAAUUCUGAAUAAAUAUGGAAGUGUCAAGUGAGGAGCGCGUGUGGUCGCCGCGCAGAUGUGUAGUGAGACAUCAGUGCGCUUUAUUGUAAAAACAGACAUAUUAGCGUAGUUUUAAAGUUUAAUUUACAUUGCGUUGCAUGCUAGAGAUAUUUUCUCAAACGUUUGAAAUGUUUAUUAUGUAAAUACAUACAUUGCAUAAUAUAAUAUAUGACUUCAAAUUGUUAGUUUUGCAAUAUUGUAUACUUUUUAAUGGAGGGAAGUAACGUAAAAGCUACUUCAAAACAGCAAUUUUUAUUUAAAAUGGCCGCCAAACAAACCAGCUGUGUGAGACCACCGUCUUUUAUAGAGUUGCGUGUUAAACAAUGUACCUUGUUGUAUCAUACAGCCAGAGUCCCACGCGACACGCACUGUCCCGGUAUUUAUUAAAGAACGCUGCACAUACCAUUUCUAUUACCUUGUUUAGUUCUGUGAGCUUGUUGUACAGAAUUCAUUUUUAUUUUUUUCUAGUUUACUAUAAUUUUAAACUUUUUUCUUCCCAAAACUUUUAUCAUAUAGCUACUGCAGCAAGCUCGCGCGAGAGGAGAGGAAUUGUAUAUCAUUUUUCAUAAUUUAUUACAUUUUACUUAUCUUUUAAACAGAUGCUUACAUUUACACAUUCUACACCUUAGUACACUAAAGUGUAGAAUGUGUAAAUAACUAAAGAUAUUAUAUAAACAUAUAGGGGAACUCUGGUUGUGCGUGUGCUUGUCACAACUUAUAAUCAUCAAAGCCGCGUUUCCAUUAUGCACGUUCUUGCGUGCAGGUAUGACGUCACACUUGCGUGCAAGUAUGACGUCACACUUGCAUGCAAGUAUGACGUCACACUUGCGUGCAAGUCGCUUGCAUCACA